CCGUAUUUGUCAUAAUGUCGGAGUAACAACACUUCCUUAAAUAAUAUCUUACAUUUUGCAAGCUGCAGUUUCUUCCAGCCCAGAUCCCCAUCCUGGAACCUCUGAUUAACUCUCUAAUAUGGAGAAAGAUAAGAAAUACACAAUAAACAAGUUCUUAAGUCACACCCUGGAGAUCAUUUACCUGCUAACUGGUGAGGAGUAUGUUAUCGUAAAGAAAAGUUCUCACCAAAGUACCAUUGAGAUGCCUAAUGGAGAGGUGCCUAUAAAAUGUGAUGAUGUUGCUGUUUAUUUCUCGUUGGAGGAGUGGGAGUACAUUGAAGGACACAAAGAACUUUAUAAGGAAGUGAUGAGUCCAAAAGCCCUCAAAAAAUUAGCUCUCCAAGUAAAAAGAAGCCCAGAACAACAGGAUGAAAAAUCAGAUUUCAAGUCAAUUUACCAUCAAAAAGAGCAUAACAAAAAUGAGAAGAAUUAUCAAGAAGAUGGUGAUACAAAUGAGCAUUGUUGUCAAGAACAGCACGAUAGCAAUGAACAGGAAAUGAAGCAAUCGGAAAACUAUUCAGACUCCCACAAUGCAGGUCUUCAGGGUGAAAAUCCAGAGAUAACAUCCGUUAAACAGGAAGUAUUAGAUGCGAAAGAUCACAAUAACAUCCUACAAGUAGAAAUCAAUCAAGAUUCCUUUACCGAAAUUACAGGGAUUCAGGAUGCAAAUCCAGAUUAUAUAUCAAUCAGCGAUCAAGAAGAAGAUACAAAAAAGGACCUUCAACUGAUAGAAGCCUACACAGACCCUUAUGCAGAUACCCAGGAUGAAAAUCCAGAUUUAAUGAUAUUUAAUGACGAUGGAGGGGAAAUUAAGUCUGAAAAUGAUAUUCAGCAGGUCAAAGUCGAUCAGGAUGCGUAUACUGAUAACCAAAUGAGAAAGGAUAUAUUUGAAGAAUCACACUUUACUAUUAGUUCAUCUGAUGACAUGAUUGAAGAUGAUACCAGGUUGUCUCAAGACGUUUCUGAGCAAAACCGGUUCAAAGCGUCAACUUCUUUUGAAAUGGGAAAUUUCUCUUCUGCUUAUAUGUCUUAUCAAAGUGAGGAUAUGUUUUUAGAAGAUGCUACUGAGGCAGGGUACAGAAAUAUGCAGGUGAAGGCCCUGUACACUAUGCCUUUCAGUAGAGAAGUCACUUAUGGAAAUCCACAAAUGCAAACUGAUAAUAAUGUAAAUAGCUGCCUUGAAUGCGGCAUGGACUGCAUGAAAAAACAUAUGGAAGAAAAGGCUUUCAAAUGUAAUGAAUGUGGUAAAGAUUUUACAUAUAGGAGUAGUCUUAUCAAGCAUUAUAAAACACACACAGGGGAGAAGGAUUAUAAAUGCAAUGAAUGUGGGAAACCUUUUGCUGUCAAAUAUAAUCUGAUCCAACAUCAGAGAACUCACACGGGGGAGAAACCUCAUAAGUGCAACAUCUGUGGGAAACGGUUUGCUUACAAGUCCGCAUUCAACCAACAUAGGAGGACUCACACAAAGGAGAAGCCUCACCUUUGUCCCGAAUGUGGAAAAUGCUUCACAAGAAAGACAAAUCUUGUAAAACACCAAAAGCUUCAUACGAGAAAUCAGCAGCAUAUGUUCAAUUAAAAGGACAAUAUACACCGAUUUUCAUAUAACUGCAUGUAAUAGAAACUACUAUAAAGAAGAAUAAGCACAGCUACCGAUCUAAAAAUCCAGUAUAAAACCUUUUAAAAACGUACUGAGAAGUUCCCAGUUUAGCACUCUUGGUGAGGUUAGGCUGGGACAACCACUGAAAGGGGCUGAGAAAGCAGAAAGAUCAGACCCUCAUCUCCCCUGCAUAUGCGAACAGGAGCAAUCAGGAGUCUGUAGACUUGAGUUUACAUCUAAAACUUUGGGGCUUGGUUAGGAGUCUGAAAAUCAUUGUUACAAAAACACUCACAGAUGGGCUAUAUAAAUAGAUCAUCUACAUUUACGCAAAGAAAAAUCUAGUGUACAGUGCCCAUUUAAAGGGGCAACAUAGGCUGAUAUUAUUAAAGAGGCUUUUUUUAAGUCAACUUUUCCAUAUUAACAAAGGACAAAAAGGAGCAAUAAAAAAAUUAUCUUAUGUGCUAGAGCAUUUCUUUCGUUUCACUGUUGCUUGCCACUAACUGUUUUAAACCCCUUCAAAUAUGUUAUUUAAAGGGGAAUUCAAUUUGAGUUUUGUGUCCCUUUUAAUGCAAAUAGAAUCUUAUAUAAAAACUGAACAGAUGAUUCUGAAUGCCUAAUGCAAUGAUACAUACACAGUUUUGGCUUUAUCCGUUUAUUGUUAAAGGGACACUAAACUCAAAUUUUUUCUUUAAUGAUUCAUAUAGAGCAGCGUUACGCAUAUUUCUAAUUUACUCCUAUUAGCAAAUUUUCUUCGUUCUCUUGCUAUCUUAUAAAGCUUAGGACCCAUCCCAUGUUUGGUUCAGAACCUGGGUUACACUUGCUUAUUGGUGGCUAAAUGUAGCUACCAAUAAGCAUGCACUAUCCAGGGUACUGAACCUAAAAUGGGUCAGCUUCUAAGUUUUACAUUCCUGCUUUUAAAAAAAAGAUAGCAAGAGAAUGAUUAACAAAUUAUAAUAGAAGUAAAUUAGAAAGUUGCUUAAUAUUGCUACUCUAUCUGAAUCAUAAAAGAAUUUUUUUGGGGGGUUUAGUGUCCCUUUAAAGGGACAGUCUACACCAGAAUUUUUAUUGUUUUAAAAGAUAGAUAAUCCCUUUAUUACCCAUUUCCCAGUUUUGCAUAACCAACACAGUUAUAAUAAUAUACUUUUAACCUCUGUGAUUAUCUUGUAUCUAAGCCUCUGCAAACUGCCCCUUUUUUCAGUUCUUUUGACAGACUUGCAGUCUAGCCAAUCAGUGCCUGCUCCCAGAUUACUUCACGUGCACAAGCCCAGUGUUAUCUAUAUGAAAUUCGUGAACUAACACCCUCUAGUGGUGAAAAACUGUUGAAAUGCAAUCUGAAAGAGGUGGGCUUCAAGGUCUAAGAAAUUAGCAUAUGAACCUCCUAGGUUAAGCUUUCAACUAAGAAUACCAAGAGAACAAAGCAAAAUUGGUGAUAAAAGUAAAUUGGAAAAUUGUUUAAAAUUACAUGCUCUAUCUGAAUCAUGAAAGUUUAUUUUGGCCUAGACUGUCCCUUUAAAUAAUCUAUUUUAUUGAUAGAAAUGAACCAACCAAUACUUCAGUAUUUAAGUUUCUAUAUGAAGGAAGCAUUAUAGGCGGGAUAUAAAUAUGUAAAUAUGAAAAUAUUUUUAUAAUAAAUCACUUGCUGUUGCA